AUGGGGUUUCUGCUCCCCCUCUCACUGCUGGUUUUGCUGCCGGCAGCCUACCCGGGAGGCAGGAAUGCGCGGAGGCGCUGGGCUGCGGGGGCGCAAAGCCCCGGAGGCAGCUCUCCAGCGCCCUCAGAGACCACGGCGCCGCCGUUCUGGAUGCGCAUAAGCCCCAAGUUCAUAGCUGUGCCGCCGGGGAGUGCAGUGUGGCUCAACUGCAGCAGCAGCUGCCCGCUGUUGGAGGAUUCCACCCUCCACACUGGGCUGCGGCGGGGCCAGGUGCUCAGCGGGCCCAGCUGGGUCUCCUUCCAGCUGCUGGAUGUGAGGGCCUGGAGCUCCGAUGUACACUGCUUCCUCACCUGCGCAGGAGUAACGCGGGGGGCCACGGCCAGGAUCAACGCCUACAAACGGCCGCACGCCGUGAUCCUGGAGCCUCCGGUCUUAGAGGGCAGUGAAUACACUCUGCGCUGCCACGUGACGCGCGUGUUCCCCGUGGGCUUCCUGGUGGUAACUCUGCAGCGCGGCGGCCGGGUCAUCUACUCCGAGAGCCUGGAGCGCUUCACAGGCCUGGAUCUGGCCAACGUGACGCUGACUUACGCGUUACGGGCUAGGCCCCAAGAUCUCUGGCAGCCCGUGACCUGCCACGCGCGCCUCAAUCUCGACGGCCGGGUGGUCGGCAGCAGCUCAGCACCCAUGACGCUGACAUUCUUGGCUUGGAACCCUGCGUCUAAAGCCUUGACUUCCACCUCCAUCGCAGCCCUUGUGGGGAUUCUUAUCCUUGUGGGGGCUGCCUAUCUGCGAAAGUACCUACUGAUGCAGUCCCGGGCGUAGAGGGGGUGAUCCAUACCGGUUGAGUGGGAGAAAAAGACAUCUGGGACAUUUGGAGACCCCUGCCUAAAUCAAUAAAGCCUUCCUCAGUCAGCCUGUCCGUGGCCUGAAGGUCCUCUA